AUGUUUUUAAAUGUACAAUCCAUUCAGAUGAGAAACAAGAGUCAGAGUGCUGAAUCAUCCACAGAAAGUAUUUCUACGGCAGCCACAACAACUUCUGACCAAGCAACUGCCGUGAAUGAAAAAGGAUCUGCAAGAAAAAUUCUUUCUCAUGUUUCUACAUUAUUGUGGCCAAAAGAUUCUGGCUUGAGAGGAAGAGUUGUUGCUGCUUUUGGAUUUUUAAUAGGAGCAAAAUUAUUUAACGUGGCCGUUCCAUACUUCUUUAAGCACGCUGUUGACUCGUUGGGACCAAGUACAGAAGCCAUUGUGCAAGACCCCACAAUUUGGUUUACAAUGGGACCAAUUUCAAUGAUUGUUGGCUAUGGUAUUGCAAAAACUUUAUCGUCUCUUUUCACAGAAUUAAGAGGAGCUGUAUUUUCAAAAGUCACACAAGCAUCAAUUAGACUUGUAUCGAUGAGAGUGUUCGAACAUCUUCUUACCAUGGACAUUUCGUUUCAUUUGCAACGAAAAACUGGAGCUUUGAGCACAAUAAUUGAACGAGGAAAACGAGGAAUUAACUUUUUACUUACCAGCUUGUUAUUUAACAUCGUUCCAACACUUUUCGAGCUCAGUGUCGUUAGCUCCAUUUUUUACUUUAGUUAUGGUGCAAACUUCGCUCUCACAGCAUUGGGAGCAGUAUUCUUUUACGGAGCAUGGACUAUUGCAAUUACACAGUGGAGAACCAAGUUCAGAAAACAAAUGAACAAGGCAGAAAACGAUGCAAACAGUCGAGUUGUUGAUUCUUUAAUUAAUUAUGAAACAGUGAAGUAUUUCCAGAACGAGAAAUAUGAAGCUCAGAGAUAUGACGAAUAUUUGAAGAAGUUUGCAGAUUCUUCUGUUCAUAUCUCAACCAGUUUAAGCACCCUAAAUUUCGGUCAAUCAUUUAUUUUCUCAUUGGCAUUAACCUACAUUAUGUAUUUGACAGCAAACAAAAUAAUGACUGGAGAUUUAACAGUUGGUGACUUGGUAAUGGUAAACACAUUACUGUUCCAACUUUCGAUUCCUCUGAACUUUUUGGGUACUGUGUACAGAGAAACCACCCAAGCAAUCACCGAUAUUGAGCAUUUAUUCUCAUUGCUUGAUACUAAGUCAAAUGUACAAAACAUCACUGAUAAGGAACUAGUGGUCAAUGAACAUGAAGGAGUAGAAAUUGAAUUUAGAAAUGUUUCAUUCUCCUAUGAAGCAGGAAGGAAGAUUCUUGAUAAUGUUUCCUUUGUCGUAAAGCCAGGUAGUACCUUGGGUGUUUGUGGUCCAAGUGGUAGUGGAAAAUCAACCAUACUGAAACUAUUAUUCAGAUUUUAUGACCCAACAGAGGGACAAAUUUUAGUGAAUGGUCAAGACAUCAAAAGUGUAUCUCUGGAAAGCCUUAGAAGAAUCAUGGGAUUCAUUCCACAAGAUUGCGUACUUUUCAAUGAUACUCUAAAACAUAAUAUUGAAUAUGGUAGAUUAGGAAGCUCUGAUGAAGAAAUUAAAGCUGCUGUAGACAAAGCUCAUCUCACUGAAAUUAUUGAAAGGCUACCAAAAGGUCUAGACACACAAGUUGGUGAGAGAGGAUUGAAAUUGUCAGGUGGUGAAAAACAGAGAACUGCUAUUGCUCGAGCAAUUUUACGAGCACCAAAGAUUUUAUGUUGUGAUGAAUCUACAUCCUCUCUCGAUUCCAAAUCUGAAAAACGAAUCAUGUCAGCCAUUGAGGAAUUAUUUUCUAAAACAAGUACCAUCAUGAUUGCGCAUCGAUUGUCAACCAUACAAAACGCUGAUCAAAUCAUUGUACUCGACAACUAUGGCUCUAUUGCUGAAGUGGGUACACAUGCUGAAUUAAUCAAACAUGAACAUGGUCUUUAUUCUGAAUUAUGGAAACGUCAAGCUCAUCACCACUAA